UCGAUGCCCAAAACGUGCCGUUAAUCACUAUAGUCUCUAUUGAAGAGUCGUGUAAGAUACCAGUAAUUUUAACAUCACUGCAUGAAUCUUAACCGUCGAACUUCCGUAUUAUGGUUAUUAUUCUUUUGACUUGUUGACUGACCGAUAGGUGAAUUUGAAAACUAUUAUUAGCUACAGUUCAGCAUAAAUACGGCGGUACUUGUAAAUUCAAGUGCGAAAAAAGUGGAGCAGUAUCCAGCAAAGCUAUUGAAGCAGUUUUUCACAGUUACGACUGAAAAAUGCCUCGUACAAAGAAUCAAGUCCUUGUCGUUGCCUUCCUCUGCGCCAUUGCUUGCAGCUAUGUGCAAUGUGGUUAUGUUUCUGUGGGGUGCUAUAAGGAUACAGCAACUCGUGCGAUUCCAACAUUGGAAGGACUUUCUUCCAUCCUGGACGGAUCGUACACGCACCGUGUGAAUCCCAUUGCCAAGUGCGCCGUGGCUGCAUUAAGUUGGGGUUACAACAUGUUUGCAGUUCAGAAUGGUGGCCAGUGUUUCGCUAGUGCUACUGCACCGCUGACAUUCUACAAAUACGGAAGAUCUACAGCUUGUUGGAAUGGCGGCGAAGGAGGACCUUGGGCCAAUCAAGUUUAUGUGAUCAAAGGUUAUGUUUCUAUCGGAUGCUAUAAGGACACAGCAAGUCGUGCAAUCCCAACGUUGGAAGGAAAGGAUUCUAUCUUGGACGGAUCUUACCAGCAUCGAGUGAGCCCCAUUGCCAAGUGCGCCGUGGCUGCAAUGAAACGGGGUUACCACAUGUUUGCAGUUCAGAAUGGUGGCCAGUGUUUCUCUAGUGCUACUGCUCCGCUGACCUUCAACAGGUACGGAGAAUCUACAGCUUGUUGGAAUGGCGGCGAAGGAGGACCUUGGGCGAAUGAGGUUUAUUUUAUUAGAGAAAGACAUGUGCGAAAGAGGAUACGCAGAGAGGACGCCACCGAACUUGGAAAGAGACAAAAGAAGUGGGCAGUGGCUUUGACGUCCUCUAGAUGUAGUUGUCUGGAAGCUGCAAAAUCCGAGCUGUGCAAGAUUUUUGGUUUUGUGGAAAAUGACAGUGAUGAUGGAAGCGGUGAUGACACAGUGGUGCCAAAAAAAGUUAUGGGAAUGAAAGAGGUGCCGAUGAAAGCGAUGACAAGACGAGACUCCAUCGAAAAGUGCCAUAAAGCAGCUAAGAAACGAGGAUUCCACAUUUUUGCAGUUCAAAAUGGUGGAUGGUGUGCAUCCAGUGCUACGGCUGGCAAGACUUUCAACAAAUAUGGCAAAUCGUCAGCCUGCAAGUCAGAUGGUAAAGGUGGACCAUGGGCCAAUCAAGUUUACUACAUCACAGGUUAUGAUGAGGUUGGAUGCUAUAAGGAUACUGGAAGUCGUGCAAUCCCAACGUUGGAAGGAAAGGACUCUAUCUUGGAUGGAUAUUUUUCUUCUCGUACGAACCCCGUUGCCAAGUGCGCCGCGGCUGCAAUGAGAGCGGGCCACAGUAUGUUUGCAGUUCAGGAUGGUGGCUGGUGUGCCGGUAGUGUCCUUGCGUCACAAACUUUCGAUAAGUAUGGAAAAUCUACAGCUUUUAAGGAUGAUGGGAAAGGUGGAUCUUAUGCUAAUCAGGUCUAUUUUAUUACCUGCAAAUAAUUGUGUUAUUUUAAU